GCAUCUCCAAGCCCAAGAUCGAGGGUCCGGGAGCUCCGGACUAUGACAUCGUCAUGAAAGACUACGAGUUUUCUCAUGGCGUCAAUCUCGGGAAGAGCCUGCUUGUGCACUCGAUGAUCCUCAAUCUGUCCAUGCGUUUCAAGCAGUUCAAGGAGAAAGUGCCGCUGAUGGGGCCUCCAACUGUGAAAGAGAUGUUCGGCACGGAGGGCAUCAUCAGAAAGCUGCAGCGAUUGCUGGUGAAAGGAGCCAUGGCGUAUGGAGCCUACAAAGCAACCGGCUUCGUUGCCGAG